AUGACGUCACUUGAAACAAACAUAGCUGAUUUGAACUUGAAGACUUCUCAGUUGCUGUCCUACUGUCUUUCGUCAGGAGAUUUAUGGUUGAAAAUUGUUGAUACAAAUAGGAAUAGCAUCUACUAUAUGAGAUGCUGCUAUUUAUUCAGCGAGGAUGAGGUGGAGAGGAUUGGCAGAGAAGCGAAUCCGGGUGAACAUGUUCUACGAGCCUGGGGCAACCGUGGUCAAUCAGUACGUGACCUGCUUGUUCGACUUCAGGCCCUCUCAAAGUAUCAUGGGGCUGCCAUGGACCAGGCACAACUCAUUCUAUCGAGGAAAUUCAAGCCACUGCGAUGGGCCAAAACGGAAGAAAUAAUUGUCAGCACCAUACAGGACAACGUCCUGAGGCUGCAGUGUAAAGCUGUGGGGUUUCCAUCACCUCAGUAUCAGUGGUAUAAAAAUGGUGAAGUUAUGGAUGAUGCCUUGUCUGAUGUCAUCGACGUUAUCAGGUGUAAAUGCUCUUCGGAGUUCACGUUUUACUGCGUCGCAACUAAUGAAGUAGAAGACGGGCACAUCUAUUCUGAGUUUUAUCGAAAACCUGGAAAGCAGUACUGCUCUCGAAUCGUUUCCCGUACCAUAUCGAUGGAGACGUUUGUUGGCCAAGAUCAGAAAUGUGAAAACUGUCGGAAUGGAGAUAUGGAGAACUUACGAGAACUCAUGGCCAGUAUGAAUACGUCCGCGAUAGAGGAGCCGCCUGACCCUCCAGAGGUUGAUAAUGCUGAAGUACUUGUUGCUGCAGACAAGGUAGCCCUAAUUAUCAGCAACUGCAUGUACCAACACCUACCAAAGCUGGCUACCCCUCUUUGCGAUGCUGAGACGUUAGCAACUGCCCUGCAGGAUCUCAAGUUCAAGACGGUAACAUUGGCUGAUCUCACUCUUGUUGAAAUGAAAUACCUCAUUAAGGAAUACAGGAAGCUCUUGGGCAAUGGAGUCUAUGCUGUUUUCUAUUUUGUGGGACAUGGUUUCGAGGUCAACGGGCAAUGUUAUCUUCUUCCUGUAGAUGCUCCUUCGGAAUCAUACAAACCGGAACAUUGCAUUUCUAUGGAUUAUGUCCUUCAUGAGUUCAGUGAUCACAACCCAGCUCUCCACCUUCUUCUUCUGGACAUGUGCAGAAAGUUUAUCCCACACAAGCCUAAUCGAAACACCGUUUACGGAUAUUCCACAAGUGGUGGAGUAGGAGCCUACGAAAUAAAAGGAGAGAUGAAUGGUGUGUUCGUUAAAUACUUGAAAAAGCGCAUACAUCAAAAGAUUUCUGUCAUCCAGCUAUUGAACGACACUUCACGAGAUAUUGAGGAGGAUGCGAAAGUGAGCGAUGUUCAAAUUCCUGAAUUGCGUUCAACAUUGACGAGACCGCGUUCCUUGACUGAUCCUCUUGUUUGGGAUGGGCAUACGGUCUCGUUUGACCAUCACACCAUUCACUGGAGACUUAUGCAUGAACUACCAAAUCCUGUCUACGUACGUUUCGAAGAAUUGGCACUUUUCGUCACAAUAUGGUUCGACUUUUGUGGACAUUUUACAAACAAAGUGUACGUUUUUUCGUCUGUAAGCGAUCUACAGGAAGAACCUUCAGAAGAAUUCGAUAAGAAACUGUCUGAAAACGCCUUGUCACAUAUCGCUUAUUUGUCUUUUCCAUCGGAGCUUGACGCUUCGAAAGAGCGUCUUCUCUCUGAUGAGGACGAAGGUGUUUCGUUGUGCCUCCUCCUCUCUCAUCUCCAGCGGUCAAAAGGUGAGCUGAGCUGUAGAAUACUAUUGAAGAACGUGAAUGACAAGGACACUGUUGUUGCAACGCGUGAUGUGGUGCUGGGGCAUGUGCUGAUCACAAGGAUAGAGAUGAUUAGGUGA